GGGCAUUUGUAAAUCCUAGGGUGGCACUGAAAGGUGGGGAGUCAGAGAAAGCCAAAGCGACAGAGAAGCCGAGCUACUCCCAGCAGCAACAGCAGCAGCUGUCAGAAGUGGAUAUAUGCACACAUGCGUACGUCCAUGCACAUACAGGGAGAAUUCAGGCUGAAGCUGAUGGGAGGGAGGAAGGAUUUCGGCUGUGCAAAGGGCUGUGCAUUUCAGGGAUGAAACUAAAAACUGAAAGAAGCGGCUGUGCUGCUGGGACCGUGUCGUCUUGGAAGGGAGGGAGGCAGGAAGGAAGGAAGAAAAGGGGGAAGAUAACUGGCAUGUGGAAGAAGAUGGGAGACUAACUCACUGCUGCGUGGAAGGGGAAUCUAACUUGUACAUCUGAAAUACACCAGGCUGAGCUAGGAAAUGAGACCAGACCUGCAUUGAAAUAGAGAAAGGAAGGAAAAAGGAGGCAGAGACUGGGGAGCUUUUAUCCUUCCUGUCUCUCUUUCCUUCUCUCUCCUCAAAGAUGAAAUAGAAGUUUAUCCGUCUCAGUGUUGCUGGAUCUGUAUAGCUGCUGGACAAAAGAUGAAGAGGAAGCUGAAAUGAAAAGCAAAGGGUGCUUGUGAAAUUUACAGCUGAGAAGACAAAUCACACCUCCCUGGGCUUCCUUUGUGCCCCAUCGGGGGAGUUUUAACAUCAGAAGGAUUUUGAGAACAGGGGGGCAAAUGGGAGAGGGGGUGUUCAAAACACCUGUCCCAAGUGUUUAAAACAUAACAAGGGGAUGGAUUUAUUCUUGACAGCUGGUGGGAACCUCGAAUUUUUCUCUACUCCCUCCCUCCUUCGUUCCAUUAAAUGUGAGAUUAUGAAAAUGCAGAGGAGUUGGAGGGAAGGCGAAAGGAUAUAACGUGGAAUUUGAAGCAAGGCGAGGGUGCUGAUGCUGUGGAUUGCUGGCUUCUUGCCGAAAUCAAAAAUCCUAUUGCGCACUGGGUUGUGAUUGGAAAUCUAAUCAGAUUUUUGGAGAGGGGGGAAGACAGACUAAAAGUUUAUCAUUUUGAAAGACACAAAUAAAAAUUUAAAUGCAAAAGGAGGUUCUUUUCUAAAGGAGUGUGGGAGACAGAGAAAAAGAAGAAUGGGAAUCCCCGUUUUAAUGUGGAGACGCAUGGAUUGGAUAAUUGAUAGUGCAGCAAAGAAAGGGGAAGAAGAAAAUUGCUUGGCAAGACCUGGAUCUUAAGCAUCACAACAAAAUUACAUUAAAAGAAUACAGAUGGAGCAUUACUUAAAAAGAAAUACAGCCCUUUCUGCUCUCCAGAGAAAAACCAAAUAGUGAGCAAUGGAGAGCAGUGGAACCAGAGAAGCAGAAAACCUCAGAAAAAGGAAACUAGGCAAAGAAGCCACCAUGGAAUGAAAAGUUUCAGGAAGGAGAAGGACCAUGCAUCUUCUGCAAGGAUUUUGAUUUUUUUUUCCCUGUGAUUUUAAACCACUCUUCUCCAGUGAAGGCAAACAUCGAUGUUACCACUACAGCAAUUCUAGGCAGAAAAGUUGAAAGCUACAGAGAAAAUAAAGGACAGAUAAGAAGAAGAAAGCAAAAUUGCUGGAGGGGGAGAGUUCAGCAGCGUUGGGUUGGAUUGGCACCUUUACGGACUGAAAUUACUGGGAAAUUGCAAUUGGAUAUAAUUUAUUUUUAUGUCCUUUCUUGGUUUUAAUUUUGGUUUGGUUGCUGAAAUGAAAUAGUUUUCUAACCCCGCCCCCCACUCUGCUUUUUCAUAAUCACUCGGAUUUCCAGCUGGGUAAUCUUUGAGGAUACAGGUGGAUGCUGUGGGGGCAUCCAGGCAACUCAGUGGAAUAGUCUCCAAUGGGCUAGUUGGAUGAGAAGGUCCAGGGGUAGUUUGGGAAACGAGGAGAAGCAUCACCUCCCAAGACGGUAAACCUACUGCAAAGGCUAUUCAAACUCCAGAAGGACCAACACCAAAUAAAUUAUGAAUGUUGAACAAGAUGACCUUACAUCCACAGCAGAUAAUGAUAGGUCCUAGGUUUAACAGGGCCCUAUUUGACCCCCUGCUUGUGGUGCUGUUGGCUCUUCAGCUUCUUGUGGUGGCUGGUCUAGUGAGGGCUCAAACUUGCCCUUCUGUCUGCUCCUGCAGCAACCAGUUCAGUAAAGUGAUUUGUGUACGGAAAAAUCUGAGAGACGUGCCAGACGGCAUCUCCACCAACACCCGGUUACUCAAUCUCCAUGAGAACCAGAUCCAAAUCAUUAAAGUUAAUAGCUUCAAGCAUCUGAGGCACUUAGAAAUCCUGCAGCUCAGCAGGAAUCACAUCAGAACAAUUGAAAUCGGGGCUUUCAAUGGUCUGGCCAAUCUCAACACUUUGGAACUCUUUGACAAUCGUCUAACCACUAUCCCAAAUGGGGCUUUUGUAUACCUGUCAAAACUGAAGGAACUGUGGCUGAGAAACAACCCCAUUGAGAGCAUCCCUUCUUAUGCUUUUAACAGAAUCCCUUCUCUCCGGAGGUUGGAUUUGGGGGAAUUGAAAAGGCUUUCAUACAUCUCAGAAGGUGCCUUUGAAGGUUUGUCCAACUUGAGGUAUUUGAACCUAGCCAUGUGCAAUCUUCGAGAGAUUCCUAACCUCACCCCACUUGUAAAACUGGAUGAGUUAGAUCUUUCUGGGAAUCACCUAACUGCCAUCCGGCCAGGUUCUUUCCAAGGGUUAAUGCAUCUUCAGAAAUUGUGGAUGAUACAGUCCCAGAUUCAAGUGAUAGAAAGGAAUGCUUUUGAUAACCUUCAGUCACUUGUAGAGAUCAAUCUGGCACACAACAAUCUAACACUACUGCCUCAUGACCUGUUCACACCACUCCACCUAGAAAGGAUCCACUUGCAUCACAACCCUUGGAACUGCAACUGUGAUAUCCUUUGGCUCAGCUGGUGGAUUAAAGACAAGGCACCCUCCAAUACUGCAUGCUGUGCCCGUUGCCACACACCUCCCAGUUUAAAAGGAAGGUACAUCGGUGAGCUGGACCUGAAUUAUUUCACAUGUUAUGCUCCAGUCAUAGUGGAGCCACCAGCAGACCUCAAUGUCACAGAAGGCAUGGCUGCAGAGAUGAAAUGCCGGGCAUCAACCUCCCUGACCUCCGUAUCUUGGAUUACUCCAAAUGGAUCUGUUAUGACACAUGGGGCAUACAGAGUUCGGAUUGCUGUGCUCAGUGAUGGCACGUUAAAUUUUACAAAGGUAACUGUGCAAGACACGGGUUUGUAUACAUGCAUGGUGAGUAACUCUGUUGGAAAUACCACAGCUUCUGCCACACUGAAUGUGACUGCCCUGGAUAACCCUGGUUACACUUACUUUUCAACCGUCACAGUAGAGACUAUGGAACCUUCUCAGGAUGAGGCACAGACUACAGAGCAGGUUGGGCCCACACCAGUUACCAGCUGGGAGACUACUAACAUGACAACCUCACUCACUCCACAGAGCACAAGAUCAACAGAAAAAAUGUUCACCAUUCCUGUGACGGACGCAAACAACGGGAUCCCAGGAAUAGAUGAGGUUAUGAAGACUACCAAAAUCAUAAUUGGUUGUUUUGUGGCUAUCACUCUCAUGGCUGCUGUGAUGCUGGUAAUUUUCUACAAAAUGAGGAAACAACAUCACCGGCAGAACCAUCAUGCUCCAACACGGACUGUAGAGAUCAUUAAUGUGGAUGAUGAGCUUACAGGUGACACACCCAUAGAGAGUCACUUGCCCAUGCCAGCAAUAGAGCAUGAUCACCUAAAUCACUAUAACUCUUAUAAAUCUCCUUUCAACCACACAACAACAGUUAACACAAUAAAUUCAAUACACAGUUCAGUGCAUGAACCGUUAUUGAUCCGAAUGAACUCAAAAGACAAUGUACAAGAGACUCAAAUCUAAAAUGUUUAUGACAUUAUGGGGUGGGGGUGGGGACAACAAAAGAUGAUUUAUAAAACAAAUGACACAGAUGACUGGGCUAAAUCUACUGUUUCAAAAAAAUGUCUUUACAAAGAAAAAGAAAUUUAUUUAUUAAAAAUUCUAUUGUGAUCUAAAGCAGACAAAAUCAUGUGUAUUCCUCAGAACCUGGUUUUGCUGCACUUAUUUACCCUCCUUGUUCCUGUUUUUCUUGCCAGCCUACCCUGAUUCCCAUUCACCAUAUUUUUCAUAGGAGAUCUUGAUUCCCUAAAAGAACUGGUAUAGGAAAUUUUGUAAAAGAAUUCUGUUACACUUUGGGAAUUUUUAUGGUGAAUUCUAGUAGUGAGAUUUGGUCUAUUUUGUCACUUUUUCUCUUUUUUUUUCUUUUUUUCUCAUGCCUUUUUUGAAAUUAUUCAAUAGAGAAUGGAACCAUAACAGCAACUUUACAAGUGAGGAAAAAAAAAAGCAAACCUUUUUUUUCCCAUGUAAUGAUAUGCUCUGUAUUUACUGAAAGCACCGUUCUGUGAAAAAAAUUGAAAAAGUAAAAAAAGUAGCAAACAAAACACCAGGAAAUGAAUUUACUUGUGAAAACCUAUAAACCCCAUGAUCUUUUAAACAAUUCUAGAACAGAAUUUGUAGUUCAAACACUAAACAAAGAUUAUAAAUAAAAUAUUGGUUUUUUCUGUACUUGAAUACAGCUCAUUUUUAGUGUGGCUUUGAACAUCAGAAUUUCUUAAAAUUCUUCCAAUAUUCUGCUGUGAUGGUCCAAAACACAAUCACUUUAAAGAGAAUAAUUAAGCCAUUUUGGAUCAGUACUGAAGCAUAGCAUAGUUUUCAUUUUAGUUUAUGUAAGCAGCAUACUGACAAACAAGGGUGUGUGACUUUUAAUGCAAGAUUAAGAUCCUUCCUUAUAAUGGUGUUUUCAAUUAUCUAUAUCAUAUAGCAAGAUGUUUUUCACAAUGCCAGGAAGUUUUUCAAGGACUUGCAGUUAUCACAGAAUUUAUUGGACAAAGCUGAAAAGUUUGUUAUGGUUUUUUUUUUGUAAUUUAUAACUGUCAAUAAGAAAAUUAAUCUUUACAUCAAAGCCAGUUCAGUUGUUCUAGGACUCCUGAACAUAAAGAUGAAAUGCGUUUAGCUGUCUAUAAUACCUCUAAUCAGAGCUGUAUCCCUAUGUGCAAAAUGAAAUCAAAAUGCUGGUAACAGAGUAACUCACAGGAAGAAGUCUGACAAUUUUGGCCUAAAAAAACCCAAAUCAGAGGAGAGCAUAGGUUACAGUAAUUUGCAUAACAAUUAGAUUCCCUAUAGAGUAACCAGUUUACAUUAAUCUAAACUCAAAUUCUUUUACCAACAGAAAACUUACACCCUUUUCUUUUCUAUUUAUAUAUGUUCUCUGGAUUUAGCAUAUUGGUGUAGGGAUGGUAUAUACCUUGCAUGCUGAAAGCUAAAAGGAAGACUUUGCAUAAGAAAAAAUAGCUUCAGAACACUGUGUUCUUCCAAGUAGAAUUUCUGCCAAAUUAAACUACUUUAUGCAUUGGCAGUUGAAUAGAAGCAUUUUAAGACAAUUUAGAUGGGCAAAAAGAAUCAUAUAUAUCAUCUCUGAAUGUCUUUUCACCUAUUUUCUUCCUUGACCACCCUUACUGUGAGUUUUCAAGGUCCUGUGCCAGGUAAGUGAUGUUCUUGGUUCGUAUAAAAAUCUGUUUGGAGCUUUCUAGUAUGCAAUAACAUGCGGAAUGAAGACCCUACUGAAAAAUAUGCUUCCAUUCUGUAAAUUUAAGAAAGAGUUUCUGCUAGGUUGGGGUGGUAAAGAUCUUUUGCUGGAUGCGCAGUUCUCAAGGUUGCAAGUGAAUAUUGUAGUAAGAAGACCUGAUUUAGAGAGGACACAGUGAAGAUAGGUGACGAUGAAUCACACCCUGCAAGGAGUCUGAUAUGUAUAACAUAGAAUGAAACCCAAAGUUCUAUAAUAAUCUCAAAGAAACAUUUGGCAAGACAUUAUCCUUUGAUGUACUACAUGAAAAAUAAUAUCUACUCUAAAGGAAUUUUAAUAGAGGACAAAGAUCGACCUGAAUGUAAAAUGUUUCAGUUCUGAUUCCCAGCUUUGCCUAUUUCUUCAAAGUGCAUUGGAGCAUUUCAUUGGUGAUUUCAUUUAAGCAUUGUGAUAGAGUUUGUACAGAAACACUGCAGUUACACAUUGCUAUUUGUAUCCAUCUGCCUAAUAAUAUUGUGUCCAUGACCAAUGCUUAUCUGAAAAUUGAACAAAUUCUUUUCAGCAAACCUAAAUCUGGGCCAUCUAUCAACAGGUUUAUGUUAAAAAAUUUUGGCUACUCUCUAAACAGUAUUUGUGAAAGCACUUAUGGUCACCAUGGUUUUAUAAGCAGGUAGUUUUUACUAACUCCUAAAGGUUAUGCAUGGAGGUCUUUAAGAAGAAAAGGUAUAACUAUUGCUAAGUGGGACAGUGAGUCAGUGACAAUCUUUAUUCCUCUAUGGAGUAAUACAAAAUAAUAUCAUUGACCUUUUUAAACAAUAUAUACAUUCUUACCAAGUGUUAAUCCAGUUUUAUUUUUGGCUAUCUAAAAAAAAAAAAAUCAGAUAUUCCUGUUUGGUCAUAAUAAGCAUAAAGAAAAAGCAUAUUGAUGUGUUUGGUUGGCUAAGUAUACACAUGUUAUGUGGAAACUAUAUUAGUUAUUUUCCCAGCAUCUUCCCUAUCCCUCUUGGAACCACAGAGAUUAUUUCUGACUCCUUCCUACUUCUAUAAAACACUCAUUAUUCUCAUAGAUUAAUUAAAUACCAGAGUUAAAGAACAUCACAGUUUAGAUUAUGAACUGAGCUCUGAAAUAAAGUGAGAGGAGUGCUGUGCUGUCUUGUUUUGAUGCUGGAAUCACACCCCAAUACAGCCUGUUACUGCUCCAGAGACUACAAUGUUAAGAAUGAAGCCUGAGUCUUCUAUAUGGCAGAGCACAAGUGAGAGAAAGCUCUCAUGAAAUUUCUUUUGCAGGUGACCACAUUGUAGAUUGCUUGUGAUGUAAAAAAAAAAAAAAAUAAAAAAUUAAGUGGGAUCUUGAUUAUGAGCUAUCACUUUUAGUGGGCUCAUGAGAAAGGAAGAAUUAUUCUUCAGUUAGUUUGGUGGAGUUUGAAGACCUUUGCCUGCUGUCCUGUACAAAGUGCACACACAUUUUCUUUCUGGAAUUGUCAUCAAGUCUUACAAAUCUUACCAUAUGCAGAAACAACAUGUAAAAAGCAAAGCAAGUGAGUUCCAUUCAAUUCACCAUACAAGAUGGACAUUUUAUUUUACUUCGAAAAGCACUAAAUGUAUGGAAAUUAUUACAGUAAUUGUAUUUUUUUGCUAAAAUACUCCUAUGUGUUAAAAAUUAUGUAUAAUGGUUGCAAGAUUCCCUGUCCCCACUGACGGCAUUAUAGGCUGAUCACAGAGUUAGAGAAAAGAUAACUAAACUAAUAUUGUAUUUAGUUGUACUAGCUUCAUAAUCUUGUAGAAACAUUUCAUAACAGCUACUAUAAGCUUUUAUAUGUCAGAUACAACCAUUACUGUCGUCUUUUCAAUGAAGGGAAUGGAAAACCUUUUCCACCUAUUUGCCCUUCUCUAAAGUUUAUAUUUCAUUUUUUAUGAGCUAAAUACCACUUUUCUGAAAUGUUCACUUUAUUUCUAAGUCCAGGCAGUGAAGGCCCAGGAGUGUCAGGAGCUACCUUGCAAUUUCAUACCGAAAGAAGUAAAUAAAGAAACAAUUUCUCCUUAUCUUCAAGGUAUAAUAAGAAGAGUUAGACUUCCAUGUCUGAGUUUCUGUUUUUCUUAGUGAAUUUCUUUAGUACGUCUUUGUUCUCAUUUGUGCAGCUGUUGCAAAAAAAAAAUCUCAUUUAAAAAUUGCAUCGAAAAGUCAAUCAACAGUUAGUCUGGUGGUAGUGGUGGACGUUUUAUCGAGAGGUGGUAUUCUAUAUUACUAUUGUAGCAGAGUAACACUCAGAGCCAUCACUAUUGAAAUAGUGAGGUUUCAUGAGCAGGGGAUAGGCUCAGGGAGAUUCCGGAAAACCUACUCAGUAAAUCUACAUUUCUAUUGGCCCUAGAUCCUCAUUCAUAGCAGUGUCCCAUGGAAACAUUGUGGUGGUACGUAGUUUGUGGCUGGAAGAGCACAGCAUGGCAGAAGAGCUUUGGGUUGGGAAUAACUUCACUGGUUGCUCCCGCUGAAGAUCAUAGAUGCGGAAGUAAUGAGGGUGUAAAAUCUCAGCUUCAGACGUACAGAGUAUGACAAGAAAUCAGGGACUUCUACUUUUUUUUUUGUUUAUCACAUUUAAUCACAAGUAGGUUUUAAGGCUUAAUGCACACUAAACAAUUGAAACCUUGAAUAAUAAAAAGUCACAGAUCCACAACGUAAGUUUGAAACAAGUGGUUAAGUUAUAUUUUGACAAAAUAGUAAUGCCUGGUUUGAAGCAGUCUGAAUAAGUUUUUUCAGUAUUAGCUCUAUGAAGACCAAAGAGAUCUGUAGUUCCAUAGCUACAUGCUGUUUGGUUUUAUAAUAAUGCCAUGAUUCAUUUAGGUGAGAUCUGUUAAACAAAAUAUUAUGUUGAAUUUGUCUUGGUUUACUCCUUGCUUUCAUACAUUUGUAACUUACACCUAGACUGUCUGUUAAUUGGAGUGCUCUCUAAAGGACUCGAAUCAAUGAACAUGAUUGACUUUCAUAAGAGAGAAAUUUUUCCUAUACUGUAACUCCAGUGAAGUAUGGAAUUUUGGAAUGAGGAGGAGACACUGAUAUUACAUCAUCAGAUGAUUUUAUGGCUAUCCUUUGUAAAGUAAUAAAGAAGAAAAUAUAGUCUGUUAUUUUUGAGAACUUUGAAAACUAAAUCUUAUUUUAAAAUAGGAAAUCUUGGUAAAAAAGAAAAAUAGGAAUAGUUAGAACAUUAUUGAACUUGAAAGUAACAGUAAGAUGUAUUGGUUAAAGCAAGAAGUGGGAGCCAUAUAUCCCAGAUAAGCUUUACAUCUUUUACAACCCGAUUUGCAAACUCAAAAGUUUGAGUUACUUUUCUAAGUAUCAUUCAGCUUGUGCAAGGAUUCUGGGUACACUAUCCAUAGUUUUCAGUUUUCUUCUUAAAUUUUGCAGUAUAUUUAUGAUGUAAUUUGGGUUUUCAGCUCCAGAACAGAUUCCCAGACAAAGCAUGCAAAAGAAUUCUCUGCUAAGUCAUCCAAACUUCACCCAUUGGAGGAUUAUGUUUAAUACUCUGGGGCUUUUUUUCCAUCAACCUGAAAUGGCUUGUGCAGUGAAAGAUUCCUUAAUUUCUUUGAUUAAUAUUCUCAUUUGGUUUUGCAUGGAUUAUAUUUUCAUCAAACUUAAAAUAUAGAUUGCAAUUGUGUUUUAUUUUAGUAAAAAAUUUUUACUUCAAUGCUGUGCAUGCACAUGUGUCUGUGUGUAUUAUUUAAAAAGUAAUUCUACAGAUGAGAUUAAAGGAAUAAAAGAAGAAAUGUAUAAAAAAUAGAAAGAUGGAAUAAAUGAGCUGAGAGAGAAUCUACUAAAACAGAACUGGAGUCAGUGGACUGCAAAAUUAAUCCAACCCCCACAACUGAUUUAAUCCUGUAAUAUGUAAUUCAAUUUGAUUUAAUUUGCUCAUUUAAUUCUUCAAAAGGACAGUUAGUUGUCUGAGGAAGUAGGUGUAAAUCUGAGUUCUGUUUUUGACAGUACCCACAUGAUGUCAAGCAGGUCUUCCUUUUCCCUGUCAUUCUUGGCUUGUCACUUCUGUCUGGCUGUUCAACUAUCAUUUUGUGAAACAGAGACACCCACCUCUCCAGGCCAACUUUGGACUGAAUUCCAGCGGUCAAUGGGACAGAUGGCAGGUCAGUCUAAGUAGAACCUCUGCAGGUCUAGGGACUAGCUGUUUACAUCCAUUUGUUUACAUCCAUUAACUGCUAAACAGCUAGUACUUAUUUGAUACUGCAAGGCAGUUUCAUAGAUCAUUUACAUAGUUUUUAAUAAUACUGUAGCUAAGAUUAGGGUUGUUGAUCACCUGCUGUGUGUUAACUAUAUUCCAGGUUGAAAUAGUCUUUUCUUUUUCUCCUGUUGCAACAUACCUUUCUUUGUGACGAUAUUUGGUCAAGUUCUAGAGCUGGAAUAAAAAAUAUCAAUGUCUUUGGAUAGCCAGACUAUAAAAGGAUUCCAAAUUAUAUACAACUACAUUUUAAAAAAAGGACAAUAGAUAACAAUGCUAUCAGAUUCCUAGAAAGCAUAUGCCUAAAGAUUGUUUCCCUCUGGGUUGUUUUUUUUCUUUUGUUAAGUACAGUUUGUAUGACUCGGGAAAGUCAUCAAAGCCUUAUUAGGCUGAAUAAACCAAAAGCACUGACCAGUUCCAAGGCUUUUGCUAAGACUUUCAUGACAGAGAUUAAUUUUUUUCUGCUAUUUUUAUUUUUAUAAAUUCUAUUGCCUAUGUCAGCAGUGUUUCCAUCAGGAUGGAUAUAAGUAAUUAUUGUUGGAAAUAUUGUCACCUCCUGUUCCCACUUGGAGAAACAUUGGCUCUGGGUGUCGAUAUUUUCAACUCCCUGCUGAUUUCUGACACUCCCAUGGGGAAGCAAUCAAUUCCUUACUAAAAGGGAAGCUUUAGCCUAUCUAAAACAACAAGGAAACAGUAACGGGCUGACCAGGCAAGGAAGAAUAAAAUAAAGUGCAGUGGUGACAGGGAGAGAAGAAUCCUGAGAAGAUAACUAAGCAUUACAAAAAAAUAUUACAAAGCAGGAGGAAGUUGAAAAUGAAUGAGAAUCCUCAUCCCCUCCUUUUCUUCUCAUUUCAUACGUUAUAUUUCCUGGUAUAGCUGGAAAACAGUUGAACACACUUAUGAAUGCAUUCUAACUAAAUCACAUCAGAAACUGAGGGAUUACUUUAAGCUAGAAAAAGGAACAGCCUUUAGACUUGUAUGGGUCAAACCCAUCUCAUAGGACAAUUUAAGGUGUUAGGAAAUUGUAGUAAGAUGCUAGGAGAUUACUGUUGCAAGAGAUUUAAGUCGGAAUUCUAAAAAAAAAAAACCCAACAAAAAAACCUAAACCCAAA